CCCCCAGCCCCACAGGACAGGGGCUGAGCAGUGCUGCUAUUUCCAUCCCCAGAGCACAGGUGGUAGCCACAGAGUAAAAGAUGCAGGAUGCGCUCCAGAGCAGGGUCACGUUUGCCUCCCCGCCCUCCUGCCCAGGGCUGGGUCUGAGCUCUGCACCCAUCUCAGUAUCGGGAGCUGCACGUGGUCAAACCACAGCCUGCAGAGUGCGAGACACCGAGGGCUCCAGACCCAGCAGCCAGGGGAAGGGUCCCAUUGCACCAUGGAGGAGCAGGUGACCCCCAGCCCCAUCCCCAUGGAGCUGACAGCCACCACCGACUUCUACCCAUGGGAGGACGGGGACUCAUGGGAAGGGAGCAUCCUGCCCGAGCUCUGUGAGAAGCAGGCGGUGCAGAGCUUUGCCCGCACCUACCAGCCUGCUGUCUACCUGCUGCUCUCACUGCUGGGCACGGUGGGGAACGGGCUGGUGCUGCUCACGCACACCCGGUACCGCCGGGCACACAGCAUCACCGACGUCUGCCUCCUGCACCUCGCCCUCUCCGACCUCCUGCUGCUCCUGACGCUGCCCUUCGCUGUUGCCGACACGCUGCAGGGCUGGUCCCCGGGCGCAGCCACCUGCAAGGCGCUGCAGGGCCUCUAUGCCCUCAACUUCUACAGCGGCUUCCUCUUCCUCACCUGCAUCAGCCUGGACCGCUAUGUGGCCAUCGUACGGGUGCCGGCCGCCUGCCGCCUGCGCCCACGGGCUCGCCGCCACGGCUGGCUAACGGCGGGGCUGGCCUGGCUGCUGGCCACGCUGCUGGCCCUGCCCCAGUUCAUCUACGGCCGAGUGGAGCAGCACCAGGAGCUCUGGCUCUGCCGCGUCAUCUUCCCCCGUGCGGUCUCACGCGCGGCUCGAGGGGCCACCAACCUGGUGCAGGUCGUGCUGGGCUUCGCGGUGCCCUUCCUGGUGAUGGCGAGCUGCUACGCGGCCGUGGCACGGACGCUGCUGGCGGCCCGCGGUGCCCAGCCCCACCGUGCGCUGCGGGUGCUGCUGGCCCUCGUGCUGGUGUUCGUGGCCCUGCAGCUGCCCCACAGCCUGAUGGUGCUGCUGGACGCGGCCGAGCUGUUGGCCAGCUGGGAGGUGAGCUGCGCCCAGAGCCGCCGCAAGGACCUGGCGCUGCUGCUCACCGGCGGGCUGGCGUACCUGCGCUGCUGCCUCAACCCCCUGCUCUACGCCUUCCUGGGCCAGCGCUUCCGCAGCGAGCUGUGGCUGCUGGCCAGCGAUGCCGGCUGCGUGGGGCCCCUUGACCAGCGCUGCCCCGGCUGCACCAGUCCCCGCCGGCGCACGUCGCUCUCCACCUGCCCCGAUGUGGUGUAGGGAUGCGGUGCCCAUGGCCGGGACAGGGACCAGCACCCCGGCGCUCGCACCCUCCGCGGCUCC